AUGCUUUCCCAUUCUACAACUAUGGCUACUUUGACUGUUGCCGCUAAGGCGCCAUUCAUCCCUUACUCUACUAUAAUUGCGUCUGAGUUCGUUAAGGCUGAAACCGAUGUCUCGUUGACCGUUGAAUUCGUGGAUGAGAAAUCUGUUGAGUCUGGAUCUGACGCUACUGCAAAGUUGGUCGUUGGUGAAAAGACUUAUUCCGGUGAAUUGGAGUCUUUGAAGGGACUCGCUGCUUUGAUCCCAUCAAUCUCUUCCUCUGUAGACUCUAGCCUUUCUUGGGUAGAGUUCGCCUUGGGAAAAUUGGCCAACAAAAACUUCAAAGCUUUAGCUGCUGACUUGGAGAAAUUGGACACUCACUUGAACUUUAGAUCUUUUAUUGUUGGUUACUCCUACUCAUUGGCUGAUAUUGCCGUCUGGGGUGUUUUAAGAGCCAAUGCUGUCAUGGGUUCUGUCAUCAAGAACGCUGUCUACUCCAACAUCUCUAGAUGGUACAGUUUUAUUGCCCUUGACUCCAAAUUUGAUGUCGCUGACAAGACCACCAAAUCCAUCAAUGAGUUGAGAAAAAACUUGAAGGCCGCCAAGGGCGAGAAGAAGGAGGGCCACAAGGCUAAUUUCGCUAUUGAUUUGCCAAAUGCUCAAAUGGGUAAGGUUGUUACUCGUUUCCCACCUGAACCUUCUGGAUACUUGCAUAUUGGACAUGCUAAAGCAGCCGUAUUGAACGAGUACUUCGCUCACACUUAUAAGGGUAAAUUGAUUAUCAGAUUUGAUGACACGAACCCAACUAAGGAAAGAAUUGAAUUUCAAGACUCCAUCAUUGAAGAUUUGGCUUUGUUGGGCAUCAAAGGUGAUCAAGUGACUUACUCUUCCGAUUACUUUGAUCAAAUGUAUGAAUUGGCGUUGAAAAUGAUCAAAGAUGGUAACGCUUAUUGUGAUGACACUCCUUUGGAGAAGAUGAGAGAGGAGAGAAUGGUUGGUGAGCCAUCUGCCAGAAGAGAUAGAUCUGUGGAGGAAAACUUGAGAGUAUUCACUGAGGAAAUGAAGAACGGUACUGAAGAGGGUUUGAAGAAUUGUUUGAGAGCUAAAAUCGACUAUAAGGAUUUGAACAAGGCUAUGAGAGACCCAGUCAUUUACAGAUGUAAUUUGACACCUCACCACAGAACUGGUACUAAGUGGAAGAUGUAUCCAACUUAUGACUUCUGUGUCCCAGUGGUGGACUCUAUUGAAGGUGUCACCCAUGCUUUGAGAACGAACGAAUACAGAGACCGUAACCCGCAAUAUGAGUGGAUUCAAAACGCCUUGAAGUUGCGUCAUGUUGACAUUUGGGACUUCGGUAGAGUGAACUUCGUCAGAACACUCUUGUCCAAGAGAAAAUUGCAAUGGUUUGUUGACAAGGGAUACGUUGGAAACUGGGAUGACCCUCGUUUCCCAACUGUUAGAGGUGUGAGAAGAAGAGGUAUGACUGUUGAGGGUUUGAGAAACUUCAUCAUCGCUCAAGGUCCUUCGAGAAACAUCAUCAACCUUGAUUGGUCGAGUAUCUGGGCUUUAAACAAGAAGGUUAUUGACCCAGUUGCCCCUCGUCACACUGCUGUUGACGCUGAAAACGUUGUUCCUGUUAAGCUCUCCAACGGACCAGCAGAACCUUACUCUGAGGAAAAGCCUAAGCACAAGAAGAACCCUGAAGUUGGCUUGAAGAAAGUCAUUUAUGCUAAGGACGUUUUGGUUGACCAAGCUGAUGCGCAGACAUUCGCUGAAGGUGAAGAGAUUACAUUUAUGGAUUGGGGUAACGUGAUCAUUAAGAAAAUCCACAAGGAGGGGGACAUCGUCAAAUCUAUCGAUGCUGAGUUGCACUUAGAAGGUGACUUCCGUAAGACUGAAAAGAAAGUCACUUGGUUGGCUGAUACCCCUGACAAGAUCAAGGUUAAGUUGGUUGACUUUGAUCACUUGAUCACGAAAGACAAGUUGGAAGAAGGUGACAACUUUGAGGACUUCAUUACACCAGAGACUGAAUUCCCAAGUCAAGCUAUUGCUGAUGUCAAUGUCAGAUCUUUGAAGAAGGGUGACAUUAUUCAAUUUGAGAGAAAGGGUUACUUCAGAGUUGACAAGGACCUCUCUGAGGGAGAUGAGGUUGUCUUGUUCACUAUUCCUGAUGGAAAGACUGCUAGCAAGAAGAAGUAA